AUGGAUACCGUGUCGGAGAUAGAGCUACCCAAGAAGAUGGUACAGCACCAUCGACUCCUACAUCGCUUCGUCAACUUGGAUAUGGAGCAUUUGGUGAUGAAAACGGCAGACAAGGAGGACAUUGGCCUGACAAUGCUGGAGAAGUUCCUCACAAAGAGCGAGCCGGAUAUUCUGAUCGUGGCGGGCGACACCACGUACGGCUGCCAUGCCGUGGUGCUGCGCCACUUCUGUCAGCUCUGCGAGAACGUUUACCCCACCGGCCUGAUCACCGCCCUGCCGAAGCAUCUCACCAAGGAGGCCUUUCUGCUGGCCUACGACUACAUGCUGCUGGGCGAGAUCCGUUGCAAGCGCUGCCAGUUGCUGGAGCUGCUCGACGUCGCACGCUACUACUUCAUACCGGGGCUGGUGGACAGCAUCAUCAAUAUGUUCGGCGAUCGCCAAUUCCAUACCGAAAUGGACGCACUGAACAUGUACUUCUUGGCCAGCGGCAAGAAGAAGCUGGGCAUCGCCCGGAUGAUGAUGACCCGUGUGCAACGGUACUUUCUGCCGAUGAUCAGCACCAAGGAGUACCGCGGCAUGCCUCUGGGCUGCGUACUGAGGCUGCUCUCCUCCAACACCCUGGCCGUGCAGCACGAGAUCGAGGUGUUCUACGCGGCCCUCUACUGGCUCUUCGCCGACUACAACGGCCGUAAGGCGCACCUGAACUUGCUGUUCCGCACGGUGCGCUUUAUCAUGAUGCCGACGAUGUUUAUCUUCAAUUUGGCCAACCGCCUGCACGAGAUGCUGCCCCGCUUGGCCGACGAGCUGCAGCCGUUCCUGGACAGGGCCAUGCUCUAUUUUCAGAGACGCGCAUUGGACGGCGAAAACAAGGACGAGCUGCUGCUGCGCCCACGCUGCUGGAUCACCGAUCCGGAGUGCCCCUACACACAGCGCAAGAAGUAUCUGAAGAUGUACGGCUUUAAGCACAUUGAUUUUCUCGCCUACGUCACUAGGCUGCGCAGCAUGGAGGACUUUCUGGCUCGCAUAACUCUCAACUGA